CUCCCUCGCAGCUUCUAGCCACCAAACCCUAAAGUAGUCCUCAACAUCAAAGCUUCCCAAGAGUCUGCAUCAACCCCCUAGUGAUCAGAACCACACCACACCCACCAUCUCUCUCUCUCUCUCUCUGUCUCUCUUCUCUUCUCUUCUCUUCUCUUCAUAUUAAAAACAUGGAAGACGCAAUUAGGAGGCUCAACGGGGCCACUCAAAACCCCGAGACCAACCCCACUGAAACCGCCAUCCCUGACCACCCCAAGAAACCCUCCACCACCACCAUCGCCGCCGCCGCCACUGCCAAUCCCAACAAGAGGGCUCUGAGGGACGGGGUCCCCUCCGGCGGUGCCACAAGGUACCGUGGGGUGAGGCGGCGCCCCUGGGGCCGCUACGCUGCGGAGAUAAGGGACCCGCAGUCGAAGGAGCGGCGGUGGCUGGGAACCUUCGACACGGCGGAGGAGGCAGCCUGCGCCUAUGACUGCGCCGCCCGGGCGAUGCGAGGGAUCAAGGCCCGCACCAACUUCGUGUACCCGAACUCUCCUCCCCCGCUCCCUCACUCCGCCCACCACCACCUCUUCAACCUCUCCAAGCAGUCGGCCCCGAGCCAAACUUUCCGUGGCUUCCCAGUCGGGAGCCGCUCCAGCUGGCAAUCUGCUUUUGCAACUGGCGGCGACUUUACCUCGGCAGCUUCUCAGAGGAGCGUCGCCACUGGCUCCUCCACGCUUGACAUGCUCCUCCUCCACGAUCUCCUCAACUCUUCCUCGAGCGCCACCACCGCUUCUCUUUACUCACCUUACGGCCAUUUCCCAAACCUGCAGACUUUGACCACGUCUACUCCCAUCACCUUCUCCGGAGGGUCUCUGGUAAGUCCCUCGGCUGGCAAUCCAAGUUCUUCUUCUUCUUCCAUGAACCUCCAUCUCGCGGAAGACCAUCAAAUCUGUCCCGUGAAGAGCUCUGUCAGUGCGAGCAUCUCGACAAUGGCAUCGAAGACGGAUGAUCACAAGCAUGACGUGGAGCAACUAUUUCCUCAGGAGUACUCGUCGAGUAAUUCGGGGCUGCUGGAGGAAGUCAUCGAGCGGUUCUUCCCAAAACCCUCAUCGCCGCCGAAGAGCCAGCAGGCUUGCUCCUCUGCCACCACCGAAGAGCCUGCUGCUUCAGUGGAGUGCUCUGCGGCCGGCAGCGAGUAUGCGUCCGACUCAACAGCGAGCUUGGAGCAGCUGGAGAGCUUCGACAUACUUGCUGCUGCUGGACCACAGGCCAUGGCGCUGUGGGGCGAGUGGCCAGAGAACGGAUUGCAGACGAUGCAGGACCAGUACUCCAUGUUCGAGGACUUAUUCCAGUGCCCUGAAAGUGCGAUGAGCAGCUUCGCAGCAGCCACUGUUGAGAAUGCUUAGCGGCGGGUUCAAGGUGAUGACGAUGAUUCCAUAAAUAAUAUUAGUGAAAGUAAUUUCAGGAGGAGAUGAGAGGUUUGUAGUUGUAUGCAAACAAGCUUGCCCUCUUCGAGAUCAUUUUUCGGCAUGAUUUUAUGUCUCCUACUAGAAACUUUUUAUUUAAAGAUCAGAUUGACUUC